GGCCGGGUUUGGCGGUGCCAUGGCACGGUGGCGGCUCUGCCUCCUCAUCCUCGCUGUGCUCUUCAGCCCCGCAGCCCCACGAGAAACGCUGAGGGCCCAGAUCUGGGCGCAGCCGCCGGUGCCCACCCUGUACCACCAGCUGAUGCUGAUCUGUGAGGUCACCGGGGAGAUCGGCCCCCAGGAGUACCUGUGGGAGAAGCAAGGGAGUCCAGGCCCCCUGCAGAAACACCCCAACAGCAUCCUGCUCUUCCGCCCCUUCAACAAGACCCACCUGGGCACCUACACCUGCACGGCCAGCGGCCCCCAAGGCACGGCUGUGGCCACCUACAGCCUGUGGAUAAACGACAUGGUGGGCUCGGUGUUCGUGUUCCCCCAAAAGUCCCAAAGCGCCUAUGUGCAGGUGAAGGCGAAGCUGGAGCAGCCCCUGAACAACUUCACCGUGUGCCUGAGGUCCUUCACCGACCUCACACGGCCCUGCAGCCUCUUCUCCUACGCCACCAAAAACCAGAGCAAAGAGAUCCGGCUCUUCAAGCCUGGACCCGGCCGGUAUGAGCUCUAUGUAGGGGGCAAGUUCUUGCUCUUCAGGGUGCCCAAAAGCCUUGAGGAGAGCGAGCACGUCUGCGCCAGCUGGGAAUCCUCCACCGGCAUCGUGCGGUUCUGGUUCAACGGGAAGCCCUGGCCGAGGAAGGGGCUGCAGAGGGGCUACACCGUGGGAGUGCCAGCGUCCAUCCUGCUGGGGCAGGACCAGGACAGCUUUGGGGGCAGAUUCAAUGACCAGCAGUCCUUCAUGGGGGAGAUUUCGUCCGUGUACAUGUGGGACAUGGGGAUCUCCACCUCGGAGGUGAAAGCAGCCAUGUAUAACCGCCCCAAUGAAACCCCCAUCUUUGGCUGGAGGAACUUCCCCUACAAGAUUGUGGGCGAGGUGUACCUGAAGCCCUGAGGCUGUGGGGGGCUCUCCCUGAUCCCUGCUGUGUAACCCCCUCCCCCAAAGCCACCCAACAUCACAUAAAUGCAGAAACAGGU